UUGGGGUUGGAGAGGGGAAACAGAAGCUUGCGCUAUGCUGCAAGUUAAGCGUUUGCUCACAUGAAAGAUUUGGAGACUGCGUUUUAAGAGUGAACGUUUGACUGUAUGCUUAAAGAAGUAAAUGUAAGACAAAUACCAAAAUAUAAAGUAAUAAAGCAUUUUUACGACAACCUUAUUUUGCACGUGGAAAGCCAAGAUGGAAGAAAGCACAAUGCUGAGGAGUUUGGAUACAGCAAGUAUUGCAUCUGCAGACCUUAUGGGCUUAAACAACACGGUAGUGAACAUGAGGAGUGCAGCUAAAUCAGCGAAAGUACAGGUGAUUCACAAGCUGACAAAAUGCAUCCGCAAUUUAAAAAACAAAAAGGGAUCAGAUGAACAAAAAGGAAAAAAUCUGAGAAAAGCAGAACGAUUACUGGAAGAAAUAUAUGCCAUAAAGGCACUGAAAGCAGAUCGAGUUUCAAAAUAUGCACUGGCAAGUACUUCUACAUUUGAAGAAGUGUGCAAACAGACAACUAGUGCAGAGCUACGAAGCCUAGCUCGCCUUGCUGAACACAAAAAUUUGGCAGAGAAAGUGAACGCCUUUCGAAGCAAGCAUUCCGACUGGUUGGCCCUCACAUCUUACCUCCUUGUGAAGCAGACUGGGAGACGUUUCAGGUCCAAGAAACAAAAAGCAGCCUCUCGUCACACUGCUAACACCAACAUUAAUGCAGCAAAAUCUAUGACCAGGUCGUACCUGAGCAGCAAGCUGGGGCACAGUGUAGAGAUUGAAAAAUUGAUGACUGUGCCCAAAAUGAAAAGAGGGACAAAGAUGGCAGGAGAGGUAUCAGUUACAGCUGACAUGAUAACGCCCCCAGUGAGCGUGCAAAAUGUAAACACUAAUGAAUUAGCAAAAGGGAAAAACACUGACAGCUGUAACAUUGAUCCUGCAAAUACCAGUGUAAAAACAGGUGUUGCAAGUGCAAAGAAAGUUUUGAUAACGGAAAAAUCCAGGGGCAAAACCUAUUGCGGGGAUGUUGAAGGCAACGAAAGUGAAUCUGGAGACCAUAACGUAGCAUUAGAUUGUGUGCAGAAUGGUCUUGUAGACGGAGAUGGCAAAGGGAUGAUUGCAAAUGUCAGUGUGAAUGAGGAUGAAACAAGUGACAGUGAUUUGUCAGACAGUAAACUGAGGAACAGCAGGGAAAAGGAAACUAGUGAGAGUGAGCUGUCGGAUAAUGAAUUGAGGGACAGGAAGGAGGAUAAAACAAGUGACAAUGAGUUGUCUGAUGGUGAACCAACCGAUAACAGUGAGAAUGCUGAGCAUUCCACAGAUAUCUCUGAUAAUGAUGUUAAUCCUGAAAGCGAUGAGAGUGACACAGAGUAUGCUGACAAUGACAAGAGUAAUCUGAUGGAAAACAGUGUGACAAAACCAACCAAAUUGAAACAUUCUGAUGGGUUGGAAAAAAAAGAAUCAUUAAAAACGUCUGUUGGAAGAAAGAAUGAAAUGGUAGUGAAAGUUCUAAAUCUUAAAUCUGAAGGUUCUGGUGAAAUAAUUUUGAGCAAAGAAAUUCAGAGCGAUGAUACCGCAGAUAUUUUACUGAGGCAGCCACCAAGUAGAUCUAAACUGGCCGAUGAUCCUUUUUUUCUGUGUGGUGAUAAGGAUACUUCAGAUGGUGAAAGAGCCUCUUGCAGUGACCCAUUUGACACACCAGAAAAUGAGGAGGACCAGCCAGAAUCAAAAAAACUUGUUAAUAACUCAGUUUUCAUUUCAUUGGGAAGUGCCAACACAAAUCAGAACAGAAGACCAUGGGAAAGAAGAGGUCGUGGGUUGGUCAGAGGAGUGCCACAACGAAAGCAGUUUGGUUUCCAAACUAAAAAUGAAAGAUUUGGUGGCACAAACCGUAAUUUCUACAGAGAGGGGCAACCUGGUCAUCCGGAUGCUUUUAGAGGAUAUUCCCGAGGAAGAGGUGGUGGAAGCUUGAGGUCUAGAGGCCAGAGAGGCAGCUCAUUGAGACACAACAGAGAAUUUGCUUCUCAAAAAAGAGAGUAUGUUUCAAAAGAAAAGUACAGCUCUGAACAUAAAAAGGAGGGUGAUUUUAGAAAACAAUCCACCAGCAUUGACAAUAGCAAGACAGCCGGGCAUUCCAUCAAUAAAAAAGAAAAGCUUGACUGUGCUGAAAAAAUCCAUCCAUCAUGGGAGGCAAGUAGGAAACGCAAAGAACAGCAGAGUGCCAAUUUUCAGGGCAAGCGGACGAAGUUUGAAGAUGACUGAGCAUUUCACCAUUAUCGAUGUUUACUAUUGAUGUUCAUGCAUUGGCAUUUAAAAUAAUUUCUCCCUUGAUAUCUGCUGAGUAACAUAAAAAGGUGAUCUUAAAAAAAUAAAUAUGAAUGAAACAGCUAGUGCCUGUGAAGUGUUAUCAUUCACCCAAUAACUGCCAGCAGCCGUGUUCUAGAAACGCCAUAAAAAUUAACCAUUUUAUGGAAACAAAUGGCUACUGAUCUAACAAAACUUUUAGGAUAUUCAGAAGAAACUUUGAAGUCAAAUUUUUUAUUCUACGCAUAAAAAAUUGUCCUGGAAAGUGAGGCAUUGGACAUCCCAUUUUUCUGAGGCCAGUUUUUAGUGAGGGUGGUGUCCGUUUCCUCUCUCUUACUGCCUUGCCUUUCACAACCCCCUGAAGUCAGGAACUAUAUUAUACAUGUUGACUGGCAUGUGUGCCAUCAGGUUUCAACACUUGUUGCUGUAACCAGAUGGUUUUGUUGGAUUGUAUUGUUUCCACCUGCAUCUUAUUGAUUUUGAAGACAUUCAGAAAACAAAGCAAACAGUUUAAGUGGCAUAUUUCUUAGGCAUAGAUAUAUGCCUUUGAAGUUAAGAGGUACACAUAGCUUCUUAUAAGCUACUUAUGCUACAUGGUAAAGAUGAUCAAGAUUUCAAAGAGUUGUAUUUAUCAACAGUUAAAGGAGAGAACUGUUAAAGGAGAGAAAAUGUCUUAAGGCUUCCCCACCCCCACAACAGAAAUGACCACAGUGUGCAGAGUUGUCGGAUAAAUUGUGCAAGAUGGCAUAAGAUGUGCAAGAUGCAGUGACCAAAACAGAAUCAGAAUUGAUUUACAAUAUCCAGAGACAAAAGAAUUCAAAGGUUUGGAAGUUAGGUGGGGAGACAGAAAAAAUAGCAUUACAUGAAAUUAUUUUCAAUUUUAUUUCAUCUUUUGUUAGUAGUGAGUAUGCAAGAUCAGUGCGAAUCUCCACACUUGGUCAGAAAAUAUUAUGACGUGCCUCCAAAUGUGGAUCAAAUUAUGGUGAUGUACAUUUGUACCUUUGGAAAUUUGAAACAAAAUUGCAAAACAAGAUUAUCAAAACAUCUUACUCCAUUCCUUUACUAUUUCCAGGUGUCAAACUUUUCCUCUGUCCUUAAUAACCAGUUCAUUUUUUUGGUGAUAUAUGCUUCAUAGAGCUACAAGGGAGCCAGCAUUUUCUGCUGGUAUAUGUAUUGUGUUAAAACUAGAGGAAGAUUUGACAUUAAAUGAACAAAGGCGUACGUGCAUGGAAGCAUUUGUGGACGUGUAGAUGCAUUCAGGAUUGACAUUUACACACAACUUCAGUAUUUAUAAUGUAAAAAGUUUCAUUACAUAAUAAAAAUGCAUUUUACU